AUGGAUCGGAUUACGGCCGCCGACGUGAAGGCAUUGGAGCUGACAUGUCCCAAGUUUUCCGCUACAGACGCCCAAAGCCUCCAGUCUCGGCUUCAGAGUGGAGAGAUACUUCAAAGCUUCAACUCCGAAGAGCACAAAGGGAUCUAUAAAAACUUACUUGCGAUCGACUGCCCGAUACCUUCACUGUAUACAUUCUUCAAAGAUGCCAAAUACCUGGAGUCCUGCGCGGAAAGCAUGCGGCUCGUCAUCGGCCUCUCAGGCAGGAGCAAUCAGACUGUUGAUGCAGCUCUUUGGGAUUCUUUUCAGCAGAACCGAGAUGAAUUUCGACAGCGAGAAGAACGCUUGUGGUUAUACGUAGCGCAGAACUAUCCCGACCUAUCACAACCAACGCAUAAGAAGAACAUCUUGGCGAAAGCACAAACCGAAAAGGCCAAGGAAGUAGUCUUGUAUGGUGUGGCCAUGGAGGCCUACAAACAAGGAUUUGAAAACGAGCGCAUCAACGAAUUAAGAUCCCGGGUACUAGGUCCAGCUGCUGCAGACGAUGAACUUCCUAGAAGCGAUAUGCCGCGGACAACCAAUAUGAGGGCAGAUGAGGUCGAGAGAAAGAGAAGAUAUGGAUUUCCGAGCGAAACACAGCAUCAUCACGACAAGCACUUGAUAGUCUUAGAAAACAUCAGGGCAGGAAAUAGUUCAGAUACCCGGGUUACGUCUUUCUUUAUCCAGAAGAGCGUUCUAUUAGCUUUCUUUGCUAAAGAAAGCAAUGAUAACCAUGAGGGCGUUACGCAAUCUGUGUAUUCUCACACUGCCUAUCCUCUACACCGUCCGUCGGGCCAUAAUGACCUAUACGAAUCCAUAUCUAGCUUGGUCAGGCGCCGCGAUGAGCAGAGCGCGUAUGAAGAGGCCUCCUUUGUUGACUGGAUGGACGCGAGUCAAUAUGAAGAUAGCCAACAACAAGAUCAGCCAUUGUUGCCCUUGAAUCAAUCUGCCAGGCCGGCGCUGGACUUACCGCUUGAGGCGCCGCCGAUCGGGGGACAGAGCAGGUACAUUGGAGGUUCUAUAUCUACUCAGAAAGAGAAUGUACGGUUUAUGACUCGCGAAAUGCAGGAAUGGAACAUAGUGCAACAAGUUGCGAACAAUGCUACUGACGUGGAGGCGGCUGCAGAGACGUUGCUGAUCAGCGGGCUACGAGCGUUUUCCACCACGAUGCAACCACUUCUCCCAAAGGAAUGCUUCGCUGCUGCUGGAUUGAGUCGUGGGAAUGUCCUCAUCUUACUGCCUGAAGAUGAUAUUCACAUCACCCGAGAGCUUGCCGCGUCGGCCUUGCACUUAGGUGAUUGA